GACUGGAUGUUCUGAAAGAUGGCACAACUCAGAACUCACAAGAGAGAAAAAUGCCGUGUGCUGUCAUAUGCCUGUUGUCAUCCUUGUGACAAGUCCCAGGCCAAGCAGGGCUACACAGUGAGACUUCACCUCAGAACAAACAAUAACAAAAGGCCUAUUGGCUUUUCAGUACUUCUUAUGCUGAACAUAUUUUGCACACAGAUCAAAUCCAAGUGUUAUUAUUAAUGCUCCUGUGAUGAAACCAAUCCUUUACUUCUGCACAUAAACUCUUCUCAAAGUGGCCAAAUGGACCCGAAACCAUUUAAACUGGGAACACUUAGAAGUAAGGCUAAAGGGCCCCACUACACCCUUUAGGCAUGUUAUCAAUAUCUGUGAUAGUUAUUUUUGGUUGUCCAUUUGACUACAUCUGGAUUUCACUAAAACCCAAAAAUGGAAGAACACAUACGUGAACAAUUUUGCCUACUCUGAAGUGGGAAAACCCACUGCUUUGUGUUUUUAAGAGGAUUUCUCAGUGUAGCCCUGGGUGUCUUGGAACUUGCUCUGUAGACCAGGCCUGCCUCUGCCUCCCCAGUGCUGGCAAGCUGGCUUGGUGGAAGAUCCACUUUGAAUUCACAUCUUUGAGGAGGGAGAACACACCUUUGUUAUUCAAACCUAUUCUUGUUAUUCAAAGUCAGAAGAUGCACCUUCUGCUGGAAACUAAAAGAAAGACAUGAAACAAGAUUUUCCUCCCUGCCACCCCCAGGACAGGGCUUAUCUGUGUAACCCCGCUUGUCCUGGAACUGACUCUGUAGACAACGCUGGCCUCAACUCAUAGAGCUUCGCCUGCUUCUGCCUCCACUGCCAGCCUGCUUUUACUCUGCCUACUUGCUCUCACUCUCGUUGACAAGUCCGCUCCUUCACUGUCAUUAGCGCCUACUUCUUUGGGAUUCUGAUGUAUAAUGAAGACCAACUGAGACAUCCAUUCUUGUUGACUGAAUGCCUACUGGAAUUUUGAACCUUCCAUGUAUACAGCCACAUAUAUACUAUUUUAAAAAUAGAAAUCCAGUAUUAACGGAAAAAUCUUGCUAAGCCCCCAGGCCUGUGCAAUCUUAUGCAGACACCUGGGUGGAUCUCUAAAUCCCUUCAGGUCUACUGACUCCCCAGGGUUCAAAACCCCACUCCUUAGCUUCUUACUCAGGGUGACACCUCACACUGCCACUAAGAGGCUCGCCAGAACACUGCCUCUAGACAAAGCCUAAACAUGAUCUGAGUGACCGGCGUCGCACCCGGUGGGCGUCACGUGACAGACUCGGCGUUCCUCCAAUCGCUGUGCGAGGAGCGGGGAUUCCAUCUAGUACUUGGCCUCAGGUUUACAACGUCCUGCUCUUCCAUUCCCCAAACGGGCCGGCUUUUUGCUACCAACCAGCUAGCAGUGAUUCUCAAGUGUUUCCCUUUCAAACAGCUUCAAGGGGCUCGGGCCUAUAGCGCACUCAGCUCCGGAAGUGACGUCUCCCAGAGGGGCCGGAAGUGGCAGUGGAGGGAGGGAAGAUGGCGGAGGUGGGGGAGAUAAUCGAGGGCUGCCGCCUGCCCGUGCUGCGGCGCAACCAGGACAACGAAGAUGAGUGGCCCCUGGCUGAGAUCCUGAGCGUGAAGGACAUCAGUGGCCGAAAGCUUUUCUAUGUCCAUUACAUUGACUUCAACAAACGUCUGGAUGAAUGGGUGACUCACGAGCGGCUGGACUUAAAGAAGAUCCAAUUUCCCAAGAAAGAGGCCAAGACACCUACCAAGAACGGACUUCCUGGGUCCCGCCCCGGCUCUCCCGAAAGAGAGGUGAGGAAGACCCUGGACCUAUCUCUGCAGCCGGCCUCCGCCCAGGCCAGCGGGAAGACCUUGCCAAUCCCGGUCCAGAUCACACUCCGCUUCAACCUGCCCAAGGAGCGGGAGGCCAUCCCAGGUGGCGAGCCUGACCAGCCGCUCUCCUCCAGCUCCUGCCUGCAACCCAACCACCGCUCAACGAAACGGAAGGUGGAGGUGGUUUCACCAGCAACCCCAGUGCCCAGCGAGACAGCCCCAGCCUCGGUUUUCCCUCAGAAUGGGUCAGCCCGUAGGGCAGUGGCAGCCCAGCCUGGACGGAAGCGGAAAUCUAAUUGCUUGGGCACUGAUGAGGAUUCUCAGGACAGCUCAGAUGGAAUACCGUCAGCACCACGAAUGACUGGCAGUCUGGUGUCUGACCGGAGCCACGACGACAUUGUCACCCGGAUGAAGAACAUUGAGUGUAUUGAGCUUGGCCGGCACCGCCUCAAGCCGUGGUACUUCUCCCCGUACCCACAAGAGCUUACCACGCUACCCGUCCUCUACCUGUGCGAAUUUUGCCUCAAAUAUGGCCGUAGCCUCAAGUGUCUGCAACGCCACUUGACCAAAUGUGAUCUUCGGCACCCUCCAGGCAAUGAAAUUUACCGCAAGGGCACCAUCUCCUUUUUUGAGAUUGAUGGACGGAAAAACAAGAGUUACUCACAAAACCUGUGUCUUCUGGCCAAGUGUUUCCUGGACCACAAAACACUGUACUAUGACACUGACCCCUUCCUCUUCUACGUAAUGACGGAGUAUGACUGCAAAGGUUUCCACAUCGUGGGCUACUUCUCCAAGGAAAAGGAAUCCACAGAAGAUUACAAUGUGGCCUGCAUCUUGACUCUGCCUCCCUACCAGCGCCGGGGCUAUGGCAAGCUGCUUAUUGAGUUCAGCUAUGAACUCUCGAAAGUAGAAGGGAAGACCGGAACUCCUGAGAAACCCCUGUCAGAUCUUGGCCUCCUAUCCUACCGAAGUUACUGGUCCCAAACCAUCUUGGAGAUCCUGAUGGGGCUGAAGUCGGAGAGCGGGGAGAGGCCACAGAUCACCAUCAAUGAGAUCAGUGAAAUCACUAGUAUCAAGAAAGAAGAUGUCAUCUCCACACUGCAGUAUCUCAACCUCAUCAAUUACUACAAGGGCCAGUAUAUCCUAACUCUGUCAGAAGACAUCGUGGAUGGGCAUGAGCGGGCUAUGCUCAAGCGGCUCCUUCGGAUUGACUCCAAGUGUCUGCACUUCACUCCCAAAGACUGGAGCAAGAGAGGAAAGUGGUGACACACACUACCCAUUGCCAUACCACGAGAGCUGGCCGAACCAUGGCUAGCACCCUGUCUUGUCCCAUUUGAGCUUCGAAGAGGCACGCAAAGUGAGACAGGCCGAAGAACAGACCCAAGAGGAGAAGAGGCCUAGGAGGGGCCCACUAGUGGCCAGUGCCAAGGCAAGCUCAGGUCUAGGCCAACUCCGAGGAUAACUGGCUUACUGGCCCAGGUCCGCUCUGAACACGUGGACCAAAGGGAUCCAGGCAGCUGUGUACAUUAAGAUGGGUGGGGAGCAUUCUGUACAGGACCGGUGAUUGUAAAAAUUUCUUUUAUAAAGGAGGAGCUGGAGGGUGGGGUGGGCGCUGGUUGCAAAGUUCUGGCCCCUCUUGCCCCCAGAAAUAAAUUGUUUAUAUAGGCAGA